UGAGGAUCUGAAUCCAGCAAUUCACACAACCUAGUUCACUACCUAGCUAGCUAGCUAAAAUGGAAUUAGUUCUACAUUUCCUAAACACCACAACAAUUGGAGUUGUUUCUCUAAUCUUCCUCUUGUGUUUGUUUUUGUAUGGUCCCUUAAAAAAAGUUCACGGUAGCAGCAAAGAGGCUCCCACAGUUGGUGGUGCAUGGCCAAUAUUUGGCCACCUCCCAUUGUUGAUUGGUUCUAAGUCACCUCAUAAAGCCUUGGGUGCUUUGGCUGAGAAGCAUGGACCCUUGUUCACCAUCAAGCUCGGUGUCAAGAAGGCUUUGGUAGUUAGCGACUGGGAAAUGGCUAGGGAAUGCUUCACAACGAACGACGUUGCAGUUUCCGCUCGCCCCAAGCUUCUCGUCGCUGAGCUCAUGUGCUACAACAACGCCAUGUUGCUCGUGGCGCCCUACGGUCCCUAUUGGCGCGAACUAAGGAAGAUCAUUGUGACGGAGAUCCUCUCCUCGAGCCGUGUAGAGCAACUACAAGAUGUUCGUGUGUCCGAAGUUCAAAAUUCGAUCGUAGAACUCUACGACGUUUGGCGUAGCCAAAAGAACGAGUCUGACUAUGCAUCCGUGGAGUUGAAGCAAUGGUUUGCUCAGCCCAUAUUCAACAUGGUUCUACGAAUGGUCGUCGGGAAGCGGUUUCUGAGUGCCACGGCGACCGACGAGAAGGCAGAGAAGUGUGUAAAGGCUGUGGACGAGUUCAUGCGUCUGGCGGGCGUGUUCACCGUCGGAGACGCUAUUCCGUAUUUGAGAUGGCUUGAUUUUGGUGGCUAUGAGAAGGCCAUGAAAGAAACUGCCAAGGAAUUGGAUGUGAUGAUAAGUGAGUGGUUAGAGGAGCAUCGACAAAAGAGGGCUUUGGGUGAGGGCGUUGAUGGAGCUCAAGACUUCAUGAACGUGAUGCUUUCCUCGCUUGAUGGAAAAACUAUUGACGGAAUCGAUGCAGAUACCCUUAUCAAAUCUACUGUAUUGACAAUAAUUCAAGCAGGAACUGAAGCAAGCAUUACUACUAUUAUUUGGGCAAUGUGUUUGAUAUUGAAAAAUCCUCUUAUACUAGAAAAAAUAAAAGCAGAACUAGACAUCCAAGUUGGAAAAGACAGAUGCAUAUGUGAAUCUGAUAUAAGUAACUUAGUAUAUCUUCAAGCUGUAGUCAAAGAAACUUUUAGAUUGUAUGCUCCAGGUCCCCUCUCAUCACCUCGUGAAUUCGCAGAGGAUUGCACUUUAGGUGGCUACCAUGUCAAAAAGGGAACUCGUCUAAUUACAAACAUUUGGAAGAUUCACACGGAUCCUAAUGUUUGGUCAGAUCCAUUUGAGUUUAAACCAGACAGGUUUCUUACCACUCAUAAAGAUAUUGACGUUAAGGGUCAUCAUUUUCAGCUAUUACCAUUUGGAAGUGGUAGAAGGGUUUGCCCUGGAAUAUCCUUUGGCCUUCAAACAGUUCAUUUGGCACUUGCUAGUUUCUUGCAUUCCUUUGAAAUCUUAAAUCCGUCAACUGAACCUCUUGAUAUGACUGAAGCCUUUGGAGUAACCAACACUAAAGCCACUCCACUUGAGGUUCUUGUUAAACCAUGUUUAUCUCCAAGUUGUUACAAAAGUAUGUGAUAUUUAAUUAUAUGUUAGUUGUGUGUAUUGUUGAUUGUUAAACUAUAUGUAAUAUGUUUUGGUGUAAUAAGGUUUGCCUUGCAAACUAUUCGAAAACUAUUUAUUUUGUUGCUUUCAUUUUAAUCAUCACGAAGGAAGAGAUGUAUUUGAAGAAUUUUGUUAUGGAUUAUUUGGUCAUAAUAGUAUUUGGGUUAAGGUCAAAAUUAUACUUUAAACUAGUACCCAAAUUCUUCUUUUAAUAAUAAACUAGUGGAGUGCCCGUGCGAUGCACGGGUCGUUAUUUUACUGUAAGUGAAAUAAAUACUAUUUGUCAGGAUGUUGUUUGUAUCA